AUGCUCUUGGGAACUCCGCACCCGUUGACCGUGGCCGCAAUAGGCACUGUUUUACUAGGAAGUCUUGUCUACUUCGCUUUAGCCUGGUGGAAGCUCAAGCAAUCGAGACAAGAACUCGAGCGAAACAGCAAAUGUCUUCCGCCACACAGCAUCUACCCUAAUCUGGACCCCUUCAUGGCACUUGACAUGGUACUGUCAGUCCUGUCCGCAGCUAGAAAGAAGAAAUUGCUCGAAUGGUUCAACGGCAACUACCAAAAGUAUGGUCCGACAUUUGUCGUCAGCACGAUCCCAAGAUAUGCUAUCCAUACCACCGAGGCUGAGAAUAUCAAAACUGCUUUUUCUUUGAAAUUCGACGACUGGUCCGUAAGACCUGGACGCCUAGCUUUCACACAUUUGAUGUCUGGUUCGACUUUCAUGUCUGAUGGCGCUGCAUGGACCCAUUCAAGAGGCAUCUUGCGGCCUAUGUUUGUCAAAGAUCGUAUCACCGAUCUCGACUUAUUCGAGGCCCAUUUUCAAAAACUACUGAAGCUGAUACCGGAGGAUGGAUCGACCUUUGACCUAGGUGCCCUAUUUCAUCGGUAUGCAUUUGAUGUGUCUUCGGAAUUCUUGUUCGGAGAGUCGCUUGACUCUCUGGGAAAUCAGACAGACGCCAAAGCUCAGCUGGCCCAUGAUAUCGAGCUGGUCAUCCAAGAUUGUGCAGACCGCUUCCGCUGGUCUCUGUUAUAUCGUUGGCUCAAGCGCCCAGGCGUCGAUCAGGCUAUUCAAAACGUGUUGAGUGCAACAACCAGAUAUGCGCAGAAGGCUAUAGAGCGAGCAAGUCAAGAAAAGAAUCGCACUGACGGAGCAGGCGAAGAGCAUGCACAAUAUUCCUUCCUGGACGAGAUGGCACGCCAGACACAAGAUCUCAAGAAGAUGUCCGAAGAAGCGACUAGCUUGAUGUUCGCUGGAAAAGACACGUCUUCAGGAUUGCUCGGCAAUAUUUUCUAUCUACUUGCUAGGCAUCCCGAGGCAUGGACGAAGCUUCUCGCAGAGGUUGAUCAACUUGAGGGCAUACCACCAACAUAUGAGUGGAUCAAGAAUGCCAAGUACCUAAGAUAUUGCGAGCACGAAGCCAUGAGACUCUAUCCGGUCACCCCAAUGUUACCACCCCGAGUUGCUAACAAGGAUACUGUACUUCCACUCGGUGGUGGCAACGACGGCAAAUCUCCUCUGUUUGUGCCGAAAGGCUCGUUCAUGUCUGUCCACAUCUACUCAGCAAACCGUCGUAAGGAGGUUUAUGGAGAGGAUGCAGAAGAGUUCAGACCGGAGAGAUGGGAAGAUCUUCGUCCAGGCUGGGGCUACACUCCGUUUGGAGGCGGGCCACGAAUCUGCAUAGGCCAGCAAUUCGGCAUCACUGAAGUAUACUAUGUUACCGUGCGCCUUAUGCAGCACUUCCGCCGGAUUGAAUGUCGCGACUCCAGACCGUUUAGAGAGGAUCUUCCUGGUGUCAUCCUGUGCCCAGAUGGUGGCGUCCAAGUUGGCCUUUAUCAUCAGUGA